AUGGAAACAGAAACCGACGUUAUUCCUAUCUGGCAGAACAAGCCUCAUGGAUCCACUCGCAGCGUGGUGAGGCGAAUAGGCUCCACUCUUCCGCUCAAACCACCACAAAGAGCAUGUUUUCAGGAGCUACCAGGCCUGACUUCUCUUCGCCCUAUGGACGGCCCCAUGGUUCCUACCUUGGCAGAUAUUGCCUGGAUAGUUGCGGAUGAAGAGGAGACGUACGCCAGAGUGCGGAGUGACAGUCGCCCUUUGAAACACGAGUGGAGGCCCACACCGCUCCUGGUUCUACACAGGAACUCAUCGGUGCCCAACUUCCGACGAGAGGGCAAGCGAGUGGAAGGCUUGAGAAAGCCUGGCGUUACCGCACUAAACCGCACUACCGCCCUGCAAGAUGAGCUGAGCAGACUUCGAGCGCAAAUUGCAAAGAUUGUGGCCGGCGAUACUGGCUCCAACCCCUUAACUCCUGACCUGCUCUCCCCUGACGACACCACCAUGAGCUUUUCCAUGGCGCCCUUUGAGACCACUCCCUACCAGCCGGCGGCUACGGCAGCCGCCUCUUUUGUUAUUAGCGAUGUCACCGAGGAAGAUGAAGAAGAAGAAGAGGAGGAGGAGGAGGAGGAAGAAGAAGACGACGACAAAGACAUGGUGUCCGUGGUGUCGGAGUUGGUCCCGGACCCCCUCCCGCCAGUCUCUAUGACGGCAUCUGCCACCUUCGACCUGGACCGGCCCAGCAUGGACUACCGCGAGGCAGAGGAAGACACGGUGUCCCUGUCAAAGUCCACCAGCUUUGCCGACGUGAUGGACAUCCUGAAGGACAUGAACCGCAUGAAGAUGAGUAAAGACAGGUAUAACAGAGGCUGUACGUCAUUGAGAGAAGAAGACUCGGCUUCCCUGAUCUCGGAGGCACUGAGGAAAAAAUUUGUCCUGAAGGAUGAAGACAGCAUGGCCGUGAAACGGAAGUAA